AUGCACUGAACUGUGCACACACAGAUCAAUGAUCUCUAUCCACUUUUAUUUUUGGUUGCUAGAGAAUCCGAAUUCCAGACAGAUUUGCUAUUAAAUAGAGGCUCUAAGGAUUUCAGGAGUAUUGUCUGCUGCUUGGUCGCCGACGUCAAGGACCCAAUUCUCUCCACGUUAUAUCAAUUGGUAUAAAGCAAUAUGGCUAAUGCACCGGCAAUUGGAAUCGAUCUUGGGACAUCUUACUCGUGUGUUGGAGUAUUCCAGAAUGGGAAGGUUGAAAUCAUUGCCAACGACGAAGGAAACAGAACAACUCCAAGCUAUGUUGCAUUUACUGAAACUGAGUGCUUGGUUGGAGAUGCAGCAAAGAACCAGGCAGACAUGAAUCCAACCAACACAAUCUUUGAUAUUAAGCGAAUCAUUGGUCGACGAUUUGAUGAUUCAUAUGUACAGCGUCUCGUGAAAACUUGGCCCUUCAAAGUUAUCAACUUUGAAAACAGACCAAAAAUUGAAGUUGAGUUCAUGAAUGAAAAGAAGACCUUCUUCCCCGAGGAGAUUAGUGCCCUGGUUUUAACGAAGAUGAAAAAGACUGCAGAGUCAUAUCUAGGAAAGAAAGUAACUGAUGCUGUUAUAACAGUACCAGCGUACUUCAAUAACUUACAAAGACAGGCAACCAAGAAUGCUGGUGUGAUUGCUGGCCUUAACGUCUUGCGUAUCAUCAAUGAACCUACUGCAGCUCAGGCUUGUAUUGCCUGUGUUCUGGACACUAAGGAAGAAGCCGAGCGAAAUAACGUGAUCCUUGACCUUGGUGGUGGAACGUUCGACGCGUCAGUAAUGACAGUUGAAUGUGGCAUCAUUGAAGUCAAGGCAACCAGAGGCAACACUCAGUUAGGCGGGAGAGACUUUGAUAACAAUAUGGUGGAUCAUUUCAUCAAGAUGUUCGUUAAAGAGUACAAGAAGGAUAUUUCCUCGGACAAGAGGGCAGUGAGUAGACUGAAAACCGCUUAUGAAACGGCCAAGAGGACACUCUGUGAUUCUGAUCAGGCAACCAUUGAACUUGAUUCACUCAUGGAGGGCAUUGACAUCCGGACAUCCAUUACACGUUCCAGAUUUGAGGAUUUGAAUAAAGUGGAUAUGAGGUCAGCCUUAGACCCUGUGGAAAAGGCUCUCCAUGACGCUGGUUUGGGGAAAAAUGAAAUCCAUAAUGUUUUCUUGGUUGGUGCCUCCACCAGGAUCCCCAUAUUCCAAGAACUGGUGUCUGAUUUCUUUAACAAGAAAUUGAACACGAGCAUGAACCCAGAUGAGGCUGUCGCCUUUGGUGCAGCACUACAAGCUGCUGUUCUAUCUGAAGACCAACCCAUGCUACCCGUAGCAGUCGAAGAUCUGCUGAUCCUUGAUGUAGCUCCUUUUACCAUCAGCCUUGAGACAGCCGGUGGUGUCAUGACUUGUCUCAUAAAGAGAAACACAACAAUUCCGACCAAACAGCAACAAAUGUUCACGACUUUUACUGACAAUCAACCAGGUGUUCUCAUACAAGUCUUUGAAGGAGAGCUUGCAUUGACCAAGGAAGAUAACCUCCUUGGAAAAUUUGAACUCUCAGGAUGGAAAUCAGCACCCAGGGGUGUCCCCCAGAUUGAGGUCACAUUUUGUGUCGACGCCGAUGGUAUCUUUAAUGUAUCAGCUACAGACAAAUCUACCGGCCGGGAUGAGGAAAUCACCAUUGACAAUGAUACCAGUGCGCUUUCAAAUGAAGACAUUGAGAGGAUGGUUGCAGAAUUGGAGAAGAUCAAAUUGUAAGAUAGAGAGGUCCAGCAUCUAGACCCGAAAUUCUCUCUGGGCUUAACUACGUCCUGAAGAGUUACACAGAGGAUGAGCAAAUAGAGGACAAGGUUGC